CACCCAGUCUUGUGGAAUUAUGAUGAGGCAGACGUGUUGAAAUGGUGUCUCCAUCUUCAUUUGGCUCCCGCCCGGAGGAGAAUGAAGCCGACUGGCAUGCCGCUCCCCGUGCUAUCAAGAGACGCAAACGAGCCUCCACAACAGGGGCAACAAGACCUUCGCCCCGUGAGAUAGGGGUGAUGAGAGAAUCCCAAAAUGAUGGUCCUGCCACAUUCCUUGGAAGCUCAAGUGGUAUUCACUUUGUUCGCCAAGUUUACAAUGCCUUUGCUCGCCGAUCUGCCGAGUUGCAGCGAGCCAGGAAUAGAACCUCAGUGCCUGGAGAAGAUGAUCGGUUGCGGCGGGAUUCCGGCGACUUCAACUCACACAGUACAGAUGACCUAUGGCUGAGAGAGGAGCUGAACAUCACAUCUGAACCUUCGUUUUCAUUUGAUGAUUUAGCUAGUUGGACUCGCCGCUAUUUUGAGAACUGGCACCCCAUAUUUCCCUUCCUCCAUGCACCAACAGUUCUAAAGUCCAUGGAAUCGCUCGCGAGUCAGGGUAUGCAAGCAGUCAGUCGAUUAGAUAUGAUCAUUAUUCGCUGCCUUGUGUCAAUAUCCCUUGCCGACAACCGCCAAAUGAAAGGCUCAAGUGCGAACAUCGAACCCGUGCCGGUCACCCUAGUAUUUCAGUCUGUACAUCACAUCAUACAAGAUAUCCAGAGUCUGCUCAUGGAGCCAACUACAAUACCACUUCUGCAAGCGACAUUCUGUGCCCAGCUUACUCUGACAUCUCUGCUACGCCUUAACGCCGCUUCUCGGGUUGGUGGUGUCAUCACGCGCACUGCCUAUCAUCUAGGAUUGCAUCGAUGCCCGGGUCGUUUUUCAUGCUUCAGCGAUCAGGAAAAAGACAUAAGAUGUCGAUUAUUCUGGUCUAUAUACACAUUGGAGCGAUAUUUAUCACAGGCCCUUGGUAUCCCCCUUAGCAUUCGCGAUGACGACAUCGAUGUCUGCUAUCCGGGCGAAGAAAGGCACUCAGGUGCUACUGAGACACCACAAAACCACGUCGAUCAUCGACUACGAUUACUUUGCCACCUUGCUAAAUUUGCCCGGGUACGCGGCUUGAUCAUUGAACUUCGCAACAAGUCCGUCUUGCAUAGUCAUGCCAGUCCUGUCGAGGCGUCGUAUGUCAACGGCGAGCUGUCUCAAUGGUGGAAUGAAGUGUACGACGAUGUCUUUCCUACGGAGGAUGAUGAAGAUACGGAUUCAAGACAAGACUCACCACUAGCCCCAUAUCAUCGAUUGCUUCUCAUUGUCCUACGGCACGAGGCGGUCAUCGCCAUGAACCGGCCGUUACUUACAGCUGAGAAGCCCAACCAGGACCAAGAUUACAAGAAUGCGUUACAAACGUGUAUCGAGUCCUCGAGAUCUGUGCUGGCAGCAUUAAGGAAAUACAUGUCCUCUCCAUCUCAAGCACCAAUGACUUGGCCCUCCUUUACCUGGACAACGUGGAUGGCUUGUCUCAUCUUGAUGUACGCGUCGUGGGAAGGUGAGCUACCGACAAAUACCGCCUUGAAGUAUGGUCGGAUGGGAACAUCCGUCUUGCAAAAUCUUGCUUUGCGUGGAAGCAGCUGGCCUGAAACAUGCAUCGAGGGGAUCAAAAGUAUGGUAUCUGCCUUGUCGAUGAACCAGUCCAAUAGAGACCACGAAAACGCCGCAGGGGCUUUGUUCGAUGGAAACGCCUCACAGCUCGGCCAUUCAGAUACCGGGAGGGCAAUAAGACCGGAGUCUCAGCAUCAAAGUCGUCCAUCUGCUUCGAUGGGCAUGCACUCUGAAUUUUCGAACAUCCACAAGACUGGGCCUACAAUGUACCAUGGUCUUUCGCCUUCAACGAGUUCGCAACAGUUUGAACCUCUGACCGACCCUGGCCCUCACGGUGUUAACCCAGCCGAACCCGCGACUCCCCGUAAUUCAAGUAAUAUGAUGGACAUGAACUUGAACGAUGGCGCUCACUCAAACCCACAAAGAUCAGCCGGUCUAAUAUUUGGCAACAUGGCGAACAGCAACGCCGUACUCAACCAAGGCCUUGGACAGGAUCCUUUCUCCUUCUCCGAUCCAUCCUACCUUUUCAUGAACGAUCUAUGGAGCGUGGCUGAUGGGCCUUGGAUAAUACACGAAAACAUGUUAUAAACGGCUCCGUAUCGUACACAGCCAACGGACCUUGUACCCAUACAACGUUAAACAAGACGAAUUGCCAUAACUUUCCUUCGCUCGUCCAAAACCAC